AUGGCUCUACCUCGAUCAGAGUACCUCUCCAAUGUCUGGCGCGAUGGUAUCUUCGAUAACAAAGUCGUCUUCUGCACCGGCGGAGCAGGCACGAUAUGUUCCGCCCAAGUCCGCGCCAUGGUUCACCUAGGAGCAAACGCGUGUAUCAUCGGACGCAAUGCAUCCAAGACUGAAUCAAUGGCCAAAUCCAUAUCAACUGCACGUUCCGGGUCGAAAGUCAUUGGUAUUGGAGGUGUGGAUGUGAGAAAUAUACAGAAUUUGGAGAGUGCGGUAGAGAGAUGCGUGAAGGAAUUAGGGGGCAUUGAUUUCGUCAUUGCCGGCGCAGCCGGAAAUUUCAUCUCUCCACUCUCCGGACUCUCCUCCAACGCCUUCCGAACCGUGCUCGAAAUCGACACUCUCGGCUCCUUCAACACCUUCAAAGCCACACUCCCUUCGCUCCUAAAAUCCGCCUCCGCCCACCCCAACACAGCCUCGAACCCCAACACCGGCGGCCGUAUAAUAUUCAUCUCCGCCACCUUCCACUUCACCGGAAUGGCACUGCAGGGUCACGCCGCCGCAGCCAAGGCAGGCGUGGACGCCAUUUCCGCCACAGCCGCGCUAGAGUUCGGUCCCAGGGGAAUAACCAGCAAUGUGAUUACUCCCGGACCCAUAGAAGGAACCGAGGGAAUGGCACGAUUGGGCGACAAGGAGAGUGAAGCGAGCGGAGACGCACAGCGAAGAAAUCCAUUGGGGAGAUAUGGGACAGUCAAGGAGAUUGCCGACGGGACCGUGUAUCUGUUUAGCGACGCAGGCAGUUUCGUGAAUGGAGAAGUCUUGGUUAUUGAUGGCGGAAAUUGGAGAAAUCCGGGAGGAAUGGCCGGAGGAAAAAGAUACCCUGAUUACUUACUAGACGAUACAUUCGUACGACGAAAAGAGUCAAAGUUGUGA